CGUAACUACCAUGCACCCCCAUCUCCAAAUCCCUCUCCCAGUGUGACGCUGUGUGCAGCUCCUCCCGUCUUCAUUGGUUCACUCCUUAAGGUCUGAACCAGAGAAUUCAUACAUACACACACACACACCCAUACGUAUAGAAGAAUAAAAAGGGAUUCGAGGAAUAAGCCAAAAAAAGAAAGAAGAAAGGAUGAAACACCACCAUAAUUUGACCUCCUCCGCCGCGGAGACGGCGGUGUCUUCAUCGGCUUACCAACCGCAGCCUUUCGUACAGCCGCCUUCAUCGGUGAGGGCGUCUCCGUCAGUGCCAUCAUCGCCCCUGCCGUCGGAGAAACCCGUGACGGCGGCUGAGGAUCCUGCAGCUGCGAGGGAUGCAUCAUCGGUGACCACAACGGCGUCAGAAUCUGUGACGGUGGAGAGGCGAGGCGAGUACGCUGCCGUGUGCAAAUGGGCCAUCGCGAAUUUCCCGAGGAUCAAGGGUCGGGCACUGUGGAGUAAGUACUUCGAGGUUGGCGGCUAUGAUUGCCGCCUGCUUGUUUACCCUAAGGGUGACUCCCAGGCUUUGCCUGGUUACAUAUCUAUCUACCUGCAAAUUAUGGACCCUCGCAAUGCAACUUCGGCCAAGUGGGAUUGCUUUGCUAGCUAUCGCCUGGCCAUAGAGAAUCCAACCGAUGCCUCCAAGUCUAUCCAUCGUGACUCUUGGCAUAGGUUCUCCUCGAAAAAGAAAUCCCAUGGCUGGUGCGAUUUCACACCCUCAAACUCUAUCCUAGACCCCAAGUUAGGGUUUCUAUUCAUCAAUGAUUGCCUCCUUGUAACUGCUGAUAUACUAAUUCUGCACGAAUCUGUUAGCUUUUCACGUGAGAGCAAUGAAUUGCAGUCAAGUUCCUCAUCCAAUGCUGUGAUUACUGGUCCUGUUGGGGAUGUUUUGAGUGGGAAGUUUACUUGGAAGGUGCAUAACUUUAGCUUAUUUAAAGAAAUGAUCAAAACUCAAAAAAUCAUGAGUCCCGUUUUCCCAGCAGGGGAGUGCAAUUUGCGGAUUAGUGUGUAUCAGAGCUCAGUGAAUGGGGUAGAGCACUUGUCAAUGUGUUUAGAGAGUAAAGAUACUGAGAAAACUUUAGUAUCAGAUAGGAGCUGUUGGUGUUUGUUUAGGAUGUCUGUGUUGAACCAGAAGCCAGGUAUGAAUCACGUGCACAGGGACUCCUACGGGAGGUUUGCUGCUGAUAAUAAGAGUGGGGAUAACACGAGCUUGGGGUGGAAUGAUUACAUGAAAAUGUUGGAUUUUGUGAGUUCCGAGUCAGGCUAUCUUGUUGAUGACACUGCUGUGUUUAGCACCUCAUUCCACGUAAUUAAGGAGCUAAGUAGCUUUUCAAAAAAUGGCGGAGUAUUUGGAGCAAGAAUAGGGAAUAGUUCUAGGAAGUCUGAUGGGCACCUGGGAAAGUUCACUUGGAGGAUUGAGAAUUUCACAAGGUUGAAGGAUCUUUUGAAAAAGAGGAAGAUUACAGGUCUUUGCAUAAAAAGCAGAAGGUUUCAAAUCGGUAAUCGGGAUUGCCGGCUUAUUGUUUACCCUAGAGGUCAAGCGCAACCACCAUGCCACCUUUCUGUAUUCCUUGAAGUCACAGACUCACGAAAUACUAACAGUGAUUGGAGCUGUUUUGUGAGCCAUCGGUUAUCUGUUUUGAACCAAAAGAUAGAGGAGAAAUCUGUAACCAAGGAAUCUCAGAAUCGCUAUUCUAAAGCGGCAAAGGAUUGGGGCUGGCGUGAAUUUGUGACACUGACCAGUCUAUUUGAUCAGGAUUCUGGAUUUCUUGUUCAAGACACUGUUGUGUUUUCUGCUGAAGUCCUCAUUUUGAAGGAGACAUCUACAAUGCUAGACUUUAAAGAUCAGAAUGAUGUGUCAGGUUCCCAGUUGAACAGAGUUGGGAAAAAGAGUUCUUUUACAUGGAAGGUGGAGAACUUUUUGUCUUUCAAGGAGAUAAUGGAAACAAGAAAAAUAUUUAGCAAGUUCUUUCACGCAGGUGGAUGCGAGCUCCGAAUAGGUGUUUAUGAAUCUUUUGACACUAUAUGUAUAUACUUGGAGAGUGAUCAGUCUGGUAGCGAUCCUGAGAAGAAUUUUUGGGUUAGCUACAGGAUGGCUAUUGUGAAUCAGAAGGAUCCUUCUAAAACGGUAUGGAAGGAGUCUUCAAUCUGCACUAAAACAUGGAAUAAUUCUGUACUUCAAUUCAUGAAGGUGUCAGAUAUGUUGGAAGCGGAUGCAGGAUAUCUACUACGUGACACCGUUGUCUUUGUUUGUGAAAUCAUGGACUGCUGCCCUUGGUUUGAUUUUUCUGACUUGGAGGUAUUAGCUUCUGAGGAUGAUCAGGAUGCUCUGACUACUGACCCCGAUGAGCUCAUUGAUUCAGAAGACAGUGAAGGAAUAAGUGGAGACGAGGAAGACAUCUUCAGGAAUCUUCUUUCCCGAGCAGGGUUUCACUUGACUUAUGGAGACAAUCCUUCACAGCCUCAAGUUACUUUGAGAGAAAAGCUUCUCAUGGAUGCUGGUGCUAUUGCCGGUUUCUUGACCGGACUUCGUGUAUAUCUUGAUGACCCUGCUAAAGUGAAGCGUUUGCUCCUUCCCACUAAAAUAUCUGGCUCUAGUGAUGGAAAGAAACUCAGUAAGAAUGACGAAUCUUCUCCCAGUUUAAUGAACUUGUUGAUGGGGGUAAAAGUUUUGCAGCAGGCAAUUGUUGAUCUGCUUUUAGACAUAAUGGUGGAGUGUUGUCAACCUUCAGAAGGCUGUCCUGGUGGUGAUUCUUUGGAAGGGAGUUCCAAACCUUCUCCAAGUGGUAGUGUUCCUACUAGGACUACCAGUCCAUUAGAGAAUGAUAGGGCCAAUGGUGCCAAUGAGUCCUUGCAGCUUCCUCUUCAUGAUAGACUGGAUUCAGUAAUGGAUGUAGGUACAAGUUUAUCCGCUGUUCGAAGUUCAGAUGUUGACGGCAAUGAUAACCAAGAAAAAGCAUUUCCUGGACAGCCUAUAUGUCCACCUGAAACAUCUGCUGGUGAUUCUUUGGAAAAUCCUUCUGUUCGUUCUAAGACAAAGUGGCCGGAGCAGUCUGAAGAGCUUCUUGGAUUGAUUGUGAAGUCCUUGAGAGCACUUGAUGGAGCUGUUCCACAUGGAUGUCCCGAACCAAGGAGGAGGCCCCAGUCCGCUCAAAAGAUUGCACUUGUACUUGAUAAAGCCCCAAAGCAUCUACAGCCUGACCUUGUAGCCUUGGUACCAAAAUUGGUUGAACACUCUGAACAUUCACUUGCUGCGUGCACACUUUUAGAACGACUUCAAAAGCCAGAUGCCGAGCCUGGACUGAGAGUUCCAGUUUUUAAUGCACUUAGUCAGUUGGAGUGCAGUAGUGAUACAUGGGAAAGUGUUCUUUUCCAGUCAUUUCACCUUUUGUCGGGUUGCAAUGAUGAACCUCUUGCUGCAACAGUGGAUUUCAUAUUCAAAGCUGCAAUACAUUGCCAACAUCUUCCGGAAGCAGUCCGAGCAAUCCGCAUGAGGCUAAAGGAUUUGGGGGCAGAAGUUUCCCAGUGCGUCCUUGAUUAUUUGAGCCGUACAGUUAAUAGCUGUGCUGAUAUUGCUGAGGCAAUCCUUCGAGAUAUUGAUUCUCAUAAUGGCUUCAGUGAGAACUGCUCGGCAGCUCCAUGUGAGAUUUUCUUAUUUGGGGAACACUGUCAUAACACUGAAAGGUCUGAUCCUGUGGAUGAGCAUUCUUUCGCGUCUGGUAAUAAUGUUUCUGAUAUCUAUAUUUUGAUUGAGAUGUUAUCCAUCCCCUGUCUUGCUGCUGAAGCAUCCCAAGCAUUUGAGAAAGUUGUUGCUCGAGGUGGUUUGCUGGCUCAAUCUGUAGCCAUGGCCUUGGAAAGGCGCCUUGCUCGGAGAUUAAAUUUAACCUCCGAAUAUGCUGCUGAAAUUUUUCAGCACACUGAUGUGGUCGUGGAAGGGGAAGCCAUCGAUCAACUAAGGGCCCAACAAGAUGAUUUUAAUUCAAUUCUUGGUCUUGCUGAGACAGUAGCACUUUCAAGAGACCCGCAUGUGAAAGGCUUUGCCAAAAUUCUCUACACCAUAUUAUUCAAAUGGUAUGCUGACGAUUCUUACCGAUUGAGGAUCCUCAAGAGACUUGUUGAUCGUGCUACCAGUAUAACAGAGAGUACUCGUGAAGUGGAUUUAGAUUUAGAUAUUUUAGCAACUUUAAUAUGUGAGGAACAAGAAGCUGUUAGACCAGUUCUUGGUAUGAUGCGGGAGGUUGCUGAACUUGCAAAUGUGGAUAGAGCAGCACUCUGGCAUCAGUUAUGUGCUAGUGAAGAUGAAAUUCUUCGCAGUCGUGAGGAAAGGAAAACAGAAAUCUCGAAUUUAGCAAAAGAAAAAGCUGUUAUGUCACAAAAGCUUGACGAAUCUGAGGCUGCUAAUAACCGUCUUAAGUCUGAAAUGAGGGCUGAGAUGGAUCGUUUUGCUCGGGAGCGGAAGGAUCUUACUGAGCAAUUACAAGAUAUCGAGAACCAACUUGAAUGGAUCCGGUCAGAGAGAGCUGAAGAAAUUGCAAAGCUCAUUGCUGAGAAAAGAGCAUUGCAAGACCGCUUGCAUGACACAGAGGUUCAACUUUCCCAAUUAAAAUCUCGAAAGCGAGAUGAACAGAAGAAAUUAGUGAAGGAGAAAAAUAUUCUCGCCGAACGGUUGCGGAAUGCUGAAGCUGCAAGAAAAAGAUUUGAUGAAGAAUUGAAACGCUAUGCUACUGAAAAUGUUACUCGAGAAGAAAUACGGCAAUCCCUUGAGGAUGAAGUUCGCAGGCUGACAGAAACUGUGGGACAAACUGAAGAGGAGAAGCGUGAAAAAGAAAAGCAGGUUGCUAGAUGUGAAGCUUAUAUUGAUGGCAUGGAGUCCAAAUUGCAAGUCAGCGAGCAAUACAUUCAUCAUCUUGAAGUAUCUCUUCAGGAAGAAAUGUCAAGACAUGCCCCACUAUACGGAGCUGGCCUUGAUGCUUUAUCGAUGAAGGAGUUGGAUACAUUGGCAAGGAUUCACGAAGAAGGGCUAAUGCAAAUCCACACCAUCCAACAACGGAAAGGAAGCCCUGGUGGUGGAAGCCCACAUUUUGUAAGCUCCCUAAACCUUCCGCAGCACAGUAAUGGUUUGUUCCCUGUUGCUGCUGCCCAUCAACCUCCUACAAUGGCUGUUGGACUACCUCCACCCAUUUUGCCAAACGGGGUAGGUAGGAUCCAUGGUAACGGGCAUGUAAACGGUUCAAUGGGACCAUGGUUUAAUCAUUCUUGAUUCUUCUUGGGGGCCGUUUGGAUAUUUAGUAUCAUAGCAGUCUAAGUUUGACUAUAAACCCCUCUCCCCUACCCCCUCCUCUCUCACCCUAGGAGUCCCUACCCUAGAUGUGUAGGGCUCUGGCUGGCCAUACCAUUUUUUUCUUCUUUUGAGCUGGCAUUUUCGGCUGAAAGGAACUAUUGGAAGGAGAGUAUGGGGGUGGGGAGGAUAUAAACUUUCAGAUUCCAAUAUAGCACCAGCCAGCAAUUGGAAAUGCUUCACUUUUUCUUCCACCAAAUCAAUCAUAAGGCAUUUU